UUAAACGUUUUUAAAAACAAUUUUGAAUAUUUUGAAGUCGAUUUUGGUAACCCUAGAAGUCGAAACUGGUAUCCCGCCUUUUAUUCUGCCGAUUGCCUGACCGUCGACUUCAAGCCCCUCUCUUCCGCCUAGUCGUCAGUCGGAACGCCAACAUGGUGAAGAAGAGCAAAAAGAGCAAGAGCAAGAGGGUGCCGCUGAGGAAGAAGUACAAGAUUAUACGGAAGGUGAAGGAGCACCAGAAGAAGAAAGCCAAAGAGGCCAAGAAAUUAGGGAUCGACAAAAAGCCCAAAGUCGAAAAGGAUCCCGGCAUCCCCAACGAUUGGCCUUUCAAGGAGCAGGAGCUCAAAGCCCUUGAGGUCCGCCGCCAACGCGCAAUUGAGGAGCUCGAGGCAAAGAAAGCCGCUCGAAAGGAGAGGGCACAGAAGAGAAAAUUGGGGCUUUUGGAUGAUGAAGAAAUUAAAGGAGGAGAGGAGGGGAUUAAUGAGAAUCCCACUAAUGUUACUAGGAAAGUAGAUAAUUCCGAGAAGGCUUUUUACAAGGAGUUAGUGAAAGUCAUUGAGGCUUCUGAUGUCAUAUUGGAGGUUCUUGAUGCCCGUGAUCCCCUUGGUACUCGAUGUGUCGACAUGGAAAAGAUGGUGUUGAGUGCAGGGCCUGAUAAGCGUCUUGUUCUCCUCCUAAAUAAAAUAGAUCUUGUUCCACGGGAGGCUGCGGAAAAGUGGCUCAAGUAUCUCAGGGAGGAGUUACCUGCUGUUGCCUUUAAGUGCAGCACCCAAGAACAGAAGUCAAAUCUUGGGUGGAAAUCAGCUCCAAAGGCUGGAAAGACGAAGAAUCUUCUGCAAACAAGUGACUGUCUAGGAGCUGAAACUCUUAUUAACUUGCUGAAAAACUACUCAAGAAGUCACGACAUCAAGAAAUCUAUUACCGUGGGGAUUAUAGGGCUCCCUAAUGUUGGUAAAAGUAGUAUAAUUAAUAGCUUGAAAAGAUCUCAUGUUGUCAAUGUUGGAGCUACUCCUGGGUUGACAAGAUCUAUGCAAGAGGUCCAUCUGGAUAAAAAUGUUAAAUUAUUGGACUGCCCUGGUGUUGUGAUGCUUAAAUCUGCAGCAAAUGAUGCAUCGAUUGCUCUUCGAAAUUGCAAAAGAAUUGAAAAAUUGGAUGAUCCAAUUGGUCCUGUUAAGGAAAUCCUCAAGCUAUGUCCAGAGAAAGUAUUGGUAACUCUUUACAAGGUCCCGAGUUUUGAUUCUGUUGAUGACUUCCUUCAGAAGGUUGCUACAGUCAGGGGAAAGCUCAAAAAGGGUGGUGUUGUAGAUGUUGAUGCGACUGCAAGGAUCAUUUUACACGACUGGAAUGAAGGUAAAAUUCCGUAUUAUACCAUGCCUCCCAAGAGGAAUGCAGACGAGCCUUCCAAGGCAAGGAUUGUCACUGAACUUGGGAAGGAGUUUAAUGUAGAUGAAGUUUAUGGCAGCGAAUCAACUAUUAUAGGCAGUUUGAAAUCCAUGAAUGAGUUCAAUCCUGUUGAAGUUCCUUCAAAUUGCCCUUUGAAUUUUGAUAUGGCGAUGCUUGAGGAAAAACCAGGCAAUGAUGAUGAUGAGCCCAUGGAAUCUGGAGAAGAAGAUGAAAACGUUACUAGUGCAAAGGAGAAAUCUGCUACUGUGAAGCAAAAUGAAAAGCUGUAUGGUGAGGAAGGCAUGCUAAAUACAAAGAUGAGAAAAGCAGAUAAGAAGAGGCGGAAGAAGGAAAAUCAGACAUCAUCAUGUACAAUGGAACACGAUGAUUACGACUUCAAGGUGGACUACGUUAAGGACUCUGAAAUGGAAACGGAAACUGGAGAUGAAGUCGUAGCUGACGAAGCAAAGAAAAACAGAUUCGAGCUACCUUCUGGAGUAGAGUUGGACAAUGAAUAGCCAAAAGCAAUUCGGAAUCACUAUUCUUCAGUCUAUGAAGCACAAUUUUGAAGACAAAGACUCAUUUGUAAGAGAAAAAAAGUAGGUAUGUUUUUAUGUUUGUAGGUAGACAGACAUACCUGAAAUUGUGAUACAUGCUUUUAGUUGCCAACGACGCCCAUGCUUGAUUUUA